UGGUUUUAGCAGCAGCAUCACCGAGCAGCAAACUUAGUCCAGGCAAACUCAGGAGAUAAACUAAAGACAAACCACGUCUGUCUAUUUCUGCGCAACAUCUCUGCAGCCACAGUACUCCUGAAGCUUUCUCCGACUGCGAACAAGGUUUCUGGUUUUCCCCCUGUCUAGAUCCCAAACUGUGAUACAAUGAAAGUGGCCAUUGUUACCGUUCUGCUCUUCGCCACAGUUCUGUGUGGGCCGGUGAGAAAAGCUUCGUACCGUAGUUCAGAGAGCUCUGAAGAAGUGGUGAGACGACCAGCAGUUCCAGCCAUCAGGAAACAGGCUGCAGUGGUUCCUCAGUCCCGUGCAGCACAUGUACAGAAUGUUGUAGCAGCAGCUGCUACCGACUCCGACGAGAGCAAAGGGAGUUCAGAUGAAGACGAGAGUGUAGUCACAACUGAUGGCACGAACACAGCCUUAGCCUCAGAUACAACCUCUGACAAAAGCAAGGACAGUGGAGAUGAUGAUGAUGAUGAUAAUGAUGAUGAAACCAAGGAAACAGAGGAGGAUGAAUCCAGCUCAGAGUCAGGCGAGUCCUCCACCCUCGCUCCUGCUACAGACACCCCUGUGAUCAUCACAGAUGAGCCUGUAGCCGAAACCACUGUGGAGCCCAUCGUGCCGACCAUUGUCACCGACGCAGAUACAGGCCAUGGCGACAACAUGAGAGGCUACCCCGGUGACUACAAGUCCAUCGUCUAUGUGGAGGACAAAUCCUACCACAAGAUUCCUGUUGCCUACAAGUCCUAUGAGUUUGUUGGUACUGGAAAGAAGACGGCUUACGACAUGACAGAAGGCAACGAAGUGGAGAAGUCACUGAAGGUGUAUAAGGCUAUUCAGGUCCACUCCGAUCUCGUGGAGGAGGACACCAGCACCCCAGAGGUGGAGAGCCAGGGUCUGGACGCAUCUUCUGUCACCACUCAGGACCACCAGGAGGAGGGUGCUAGCCCUAGUGAUGCCACCACCAGCACCCCAGAAGAGGAGGAGGAAGAAGAGGAGAGUGCCAGCACCAGCCAGGAGUCUGAGGACAAGGAGAGCCAGAGCAGCGAGGAGGCCACUGUCACACCUGGAGCAGCUGACAGCGAUUCAGAUGAGAGUGACAGCGAUGAGAGUGAGGGGACUGGACCUGAUGCCACCACCGACACACCGCUAGUUAUCACAGCCAAAUAAGUUCAGUCCAUUCAGGCCAUAGAAUGGAUAGUGGUGUCAGAUUCACAUCAUGUGAACACGCCUCAUCCAGGUGCAAAAGGUCCUGUGUAGAGCCACUUUCCCAUCUGGGCCAAACAGGGCCAAGACCUCAUUAUUACUAUUGUGUUCAGUCAACAUUUCUGUGACUGUGCAUCUUUUGGAAAGCAGAAAUGCUUUUCCUGGGUUAUAUUUAAAGAAACCAUUAUCUCUUUAUAUCCUAUGUUCUGUGGUCUGGUUGUCUUGCUAAAACUCAUGUUUGCCUCUGCAGGGAAGAGUGAUCAGUAGAUCCUUAAAAUGAUACUGAAACUGAUGGCUGCACCCUGAAACAUGAGGUUGACUCACCUCGUGGCCUGGUGAAAGAUCAAAUCUGGUAAAAACAACAAAGAAACAAAGUUGAGUCCUGGAAUUUAGCACAGCACUACAUUUAAUCACUAAUUAACUGCAAAAUGCAAACUACAUUGUUCUGUGUUUAUAAAAUAAGAAAGUGCACAGUUUAUUUAAAUGUUAUUAAUAAUUUCUAGCAUAAUAAAGAUUAAACUUGCCAUUAAGCCAUAUGGUUUCUGCCUGUGUGGCUUAGGUUUGUUGCUUGCUAAUAUCAAAUUUGCUGGUGUAGAUUAAAGGAUAUAAACAAAGAGAAAGAUUCAGUACAAACAUAUAUACAACACAAUCCUGUUCAUUUGCACAGUUCCUACCUACACUAGAUGUUGUUUGUCCCUUGUUGUUUAAUGUAAUGUAUCAUAAUGUACCAUUUUUAAAAUAUCAAU